AUGUUAAAACUUAAGAGCACUCAUUUCUUGCUGUUAAUACUACUAGCGAUAUGGGUGUUGACUUUUUAUUUACAAGAACGAUACUUGACGGCCACAACAAUUCUGAAAUGUCAAUGGCCGCAGUUAUCCUCCACGCUGUCACAAACAAAUAUCUUGUUGAUUGCUGAUCCUCAACUAAUAGAUAAUCACACUUAUCCUGGCCGAAACGAACUAUUAUUGAAAUUGUCAAAACAUACUGUUGAUACUUAUAUCAAAAAAAACUAUAACGAGUUACUUGAUCAUUUACAACCCAACUAUAUAAUGUUUCUAGGCGAUUUGCUAGAUAAUGGGAGAGACGCCACAGAUGAAUAUUUUGCUCAAGAAUACAAUCGAUUUAAAAGAAUUUUUAGACCACUGGAUAAAAUGCUUUUAAACGUACCAGGAAACCAUGAUAUUGGAUUUGGGAAUGGUGUGAAAAUACCGAUGAGGACGCGAUUUGAAAAAUCGUUUGGUUUGGUAAAUACUAUUGUCGAUAUUGAUGGAGUCGAUUUUAUAAUAUUAGACACAUUAAGCAUUUCAAGCUCGGAAGAGGCCAUCAACAAACAACUGAAAGACUUUUUGUACAGUAUUGCCCAAGAAAAAGCAAAACCAAGAAUACUACUUACACACGUCCCCUUAUAUAGAGAUCCUAGUUUAUCAUGUGGACCAUUAAGGGAAUCCAAGACAUUUGAUGUUAAUGGAUAUGGGUACCAGUAUAAAAAUUCCGUCGAGGAAUCAUUGUCAAGAGAGAUAUUGAAUCAAAUUCAACCCGACAUAACAUUUACGGGAGAUGAUCAUGAUUAUUGUGAUAUUGAACAUGAAAAUGGAUAUAGGGAAGUUACAGUCAAAUCAAUUAGUAUGGCAAUGGGCAAGAAGUACCCAGCGGUACAGUUAUUGAGUAUUAAAAAUAAAGAUACCUUCAAAAUGGAAACAGACAUUUGUUUCUUACAAACCCCAUAUAUCAAUGUUGCUAAUUAUGUGGUACUCGCAAUAGUUUCAAGCAUACUCAUUUUUUGGUGGAAUUUAAAGACCAAACUUGCAAGAUACACAUAUACUUCUAUUUUGCCAUUGCAUGAUGUGGUCAAUAUUCCAUUUGAACACACGAAAAAGCUUCAUAGAUUUAUUAAAGAACAGGAUGAAGAACACACGGAACAAAAACAUAUGGACAUUUCCUUACCGGUUUCUUCCUCAUCGAAUGCAUAUUCAUUACCCAGUUCCAUACCUCAGUACACAUUUACACAAUCUUCAAGACCACAGUUUGUUACAAAAUUCAACAAUACAAGACUAGGGAAAAUAUAUAUACUAAACAAGAGGCGAAUCUUUGCGUUUAUAAAAAGAUACAGUUUGGUCAGUUUUUUCAAACAGAGUUUGAUGUUGGGUAUUCUGGUGGUCAGCAUUUAUUACAUAGGAUUUGUGUUAACUUUGUAUUGA